GAUUCGGACCCGAAGUUUCACAAUUCUACCUACGCCGCCUCCCUCCUGUCUCCACCUCGCGGCCACGCCCUUGACGCCGGCGAAGGUGAGCUCAAUCGCUCGAAUCAGCUACGCUGGCCCUUUGCAUAGCAUCUACCCGCGGUGCUUGCGCUCAGCCUGCCUCAUCGCCCUCCGCCGGCCGAGACUCCGCGGGGAUCCCCUCCGUCGCUGAACUGCCCUCCCCGCGGAGCUCCCCUCCCCUGGCGGUCGAUUUCUGCUCCAUUCGACCGAGAUCGACUUCGCGUUCGCGCCCAACGGAGACGCAGCGGCCAACGCCGAGAUCCCCUCCAGGCUGCAGCAACGAUAGAGGAAGGGGAGCGACCGCUUCGCUAAUCCUCUUUCUUUUUUUCUUCUCACAAGUACGUCGAUGCUGGCCAGCUCCUCUCCCCUUAUGAUGGCGUCUGGAUCGGUGGAGGUUCAAGUUGACAGGUGAAGAGGAGCGGAGGGAGGGGUGUAUGUUUCUUUUUUGCAUCCAUCCUCCCUGUUGGCUAUCCGGCAUUUGUUGCCAUGGCUGAUUGCGUAAUAUAUUGAGCAACGGUACAUGGAGAAUCAUGUGUUGGAGCAUAUACUUGAUGGAAGGGAAGAACCGUCGAAUUUGCCAUUUGCGCUUUUAAAGAAAAUCACGAAUAGUUUCUCCGAAGAGCGAGAAAUUGGUCAGGGUGGAUUCGCUACAGUUUAUAAGGGUGUCCUCCCCAAUGGGAAUGUUGCUAUCAAGAGGAUUAAAAACGGCUACACAAUUGAUGAGAAGCUAUUUUAUCGCGAGGUUAACAGCCUGCUGAACGUUAACCAUCAAAACAUAGUCCGGUUUCUUGGUUUCUGUGCAAAUACAGAGCAAACAGCAAUAAAAAUAGAAGGAUCGAAACACAUUUACGCUGAGAUAAGAGAGAGGUUGCUUUGUUUUGAGUAUAUUGGCAAUGGAAGUCUGCAAAAAUAUAUUGCCGAUGAAUUAAGAGGAUUGGAAUGGACUACACGAUAUCAAAUAAUCAAAGGAAUUUGCAAGGGUCUGCAUUAUCUACACAAGGAGAAGCAUAUUUUUCAUAUGGAUCUAAAACCUGACAAUAUACUACUCGAUAGUUUUAUGGUGCCAAAAAUUACAGACUUUGGUCUAUCGAGAUUCGAUGACAAGUCACAAACCAUGUGUGCAAACCGUUGUGCAACACUAGGAUACUGUGCUCCGGAAUACCUACAUGCUGGCAGAAUGUCAUUCAAAUCAGAUAUGUACAGUUUGGGCGUUAUGAUCAUGGAGCUGGUGACAGGACAGAAGGGCAUCUCCGAUAAUAAUAGUGUUCUUAGAAGAUGGAGGCACAGAUGGAAUAAAUCAGCCAAGAAAAUGUCGCUGCUUUACCAACAGAUUCAAGUAAUCAAGUGCAUCAAAAUAGGACUCCUUUGUCAGGAGCAUGACCCCUGCAAACGGCCUUUUAUAUGGGAUGUAAUACGUGAUAUUAACGAAAUGGAAAGUAUUUAUGGGCAAAUAAGAAAGCCUAAUGAAUCUUCAGUUGGCCAGAUAAGCUCUUACACUAAGGAUGAUAUGCUUGGGAUUGAGCCACUUGAGCUACAUUUUACUUUUGAGCUUAAUGAACAAAUGUCAUCAUCACUCCAACUGACCAAUUGGACAGAUUUUUACAUGGCGUUCAACAUUCAAACGACGAGCCCCUUGCCUUAUUGUACACUGCCGAACAAAGGCAUUGUCCUGCCACGAUCUAAGCGUAGUAUCUACAUAACAUUGCCACCGCAGGAGAAGAUACCACAAUAUGGCAAUGAGUUCAUUGUGCAGAGCACUAAAGUGAAUAAUGGCCUUAACAUUGAGGAUAUAAAUAACCAGUUGUUCAAUAGACAGACUGGUAAAGUGGUCGAUGAGGUUAUUGUGGAUGUUGUUUUUGACGCGCAAGGAGUUGUCUCUAAGGAAAAUUAUCAUUUGGAUGAUUUACCGAAGAGGCAAAUGUUUUCUUGUGGGGCAGAGAAGAGGCUGCAUGAUCUAACAGAGACGCCGUUAACUCUUCUGAAGGAUGGGCUCCUCCAGCCAUGCCAUCCCUUGCCUCACUCCAACAACCACAACAAGAAGGCCAAGAGUUCCCAGCACCGCUCCUUCAACACACCAGGAAUGGCACUCCUCCUUCACCUCAAGGCGGUCUUCCCUAACAUAGAUCAUAAGUUGCUUGAAACAGCUCUUGAAGCUACCGGACUUGAUUUUGAUUCUGCAGUGAAGAGUCUGAAUGAGCUGUGCUUGGAUUCGGCUCUGGCUAUCCCGUCUGUUUCCGGCAGCAAAUCUGUAGAUGGGCUCACCACAGCUAUUCAGCCAUCUGCUGAAGGCCUGAGGGACACCUACAUGUGAGGGGGAGUGUUGAAGUAUAAGUGAAUUGCCCAUCUCUCCCCAUCAGUUUAAGUUUUUGGGUUGAAUUGGUUGGUGCAUGCAACUCAAUAGUAACCGCAAAAACAAAGCAGUGCAUUGACAUUGUUAGUUGCAUUUACUUCUGUUAUUAUUGCUAUAUUCUACUGAGGUCAUCUGGUGUCAGUUCAAAACUCGAAUGUGAUUGCACCCAAUUAUGUCAAAUGGAUGAAUGGAGCUCUAUGUGAGGUGUUCACCAUCUAUGAGAGCUGCAAUGCAUCUGCCUACCCACUAAACUCAGGAGCACCAAAUUUUCAAAUAUUUGCAUUGCAUUAUCCUAUUCAGAAUUUAACAAUCUUGCAAGUUCAUUGUAUUCGUGGUUAUGCCAUUGCAUUAUAGCUACUUGGAUAGCGCACUAGUCAGUUAAAUUUCAUUUAUUUCCUGUAGCAUCUUGUUAAUUUCAUAAACCUAAAAUCACAAGAUCGAUGUAGCAGACAGUACUCAAAAACCUAUAACUACA